AUGGCACAGGCUGGCGGGCUGCCACAGGCCAACACUACUUCCGGCCAGACCUAUGUGAAGAAGCUGGUUCUGCUUGGAAACAGUUCUGUGGGCAAGACCAGCCUGGUCCUCCGGUACAUGAGAGAGAACUUCAGAAGCAUCUUGCCGACUGUGGGCUGUGCGUUCUUCACAAAGGUGAUGGAUUUGGGCUCCUCAUCUCUGAAGCUUGAGAUCUGGGACACAGCUGGCCAGGAGAAGUACCACAGCGUCUGCCACCUCUACUUCAGGGGUGCCAAUGCCGCACUCCUUGUGUAUGACAUCACUCGGAAGGAUUCCUUUCACAAGGCCCAGCAGUGGCUGGAGGAGCUGGAGAAGGAGUUCCAGCCAGGAGAGGUGGUGGUGAUGCUGGUCGGCAACAAAACAGACCUCGGCGAGGAGCGGGAAGUGACCUUCCAGGAAGGGAAGGAGUUUGCGGAGAGCAAAAACCUGCUAUUCAUGGAAACCUCGGCCAAGCUGAACUACCAGGUGUCUGAGGUCUUCAACACUGUUGCCCAGGAGCUACUGCAGAGAGCAGGAGAGGAGGGGAACAGCAGCUCACAGGAAGGCGAAGCUGUGGUUCUGAACCAGGGACCUGCGGUCAGGCGGGGCCAGUGCUGUGCGCGAUAGAGAUGGGUGAG